AUGCGUGGUGAGAUUUGCCAUCUUCACAUCGGCCAGGCUGGUACCCAGCUGGGAAACAGUGCUUGGGAGCUCUAUCUCCUUGAGCACGGUCUCAAGCCUGAUGGAACAAUCGACUCCGAGGCUGCCGAAAAUGCUGGCGAUGCCGGUUCUUACGACACUUUCUUCACUGAGACCAGCGGCGGCAAAUAUGUGCCUCGCUCCAUCUUUGUUGACUUGGACCCAUCUCCCAUCGACGAAAUCCGCACUGGUGACUACCGUUCGCUCUUCCACCCUGAAAUGUUGAUCAGUGGCAAGGAAGAUGCCGCCAACAACUAUGCUCGUGGCCACUACACCAUUGGAAAGGAAUUGGUUGACAAUGUCGUUGACCGCAUUCGCCGCAUUACCGACAACUGCUCCUCCCUCCAAGGUUUCUUGAUCUUCCACUCUUUCGGUGGUGGUACUGGCUCCGGUUUUGGUGCUCUCCUGCUCGAACGCCUUGCUACUGACUACGCCAAGAAGUGCAAGCUCGAGUUCUCCGUCUACCCAUCCCCCCGUGUCUCGACCGCAGUUGUCGAGCCUUACAACGCUGUUCUCUCCACCCACAGCACCAUUGAGAACUCCGAUUGUACUUUCUUGGUCGAUAAUGAAGCUGUUUACGACAUUUGCCGUCGUAACUUGGACAUUCCCCGUCCCAGCUAUGAGCACUUGAACCGCUUGAUCGCUCAGGUCGUCAGCUCCAUUACCUCUUCUCUUCGUUUCGACGGUGCCCUUAACGUCGACUUGAACGAAUUCCAGACCAACUUGGUGCCUUACCCACGUAUCCACUACCCUCUUAUCUCCUACGCUCCUGUUGUUUCGGCCAACCGCAGCUCCCACGAGAGCUUCAAGGUCAGCGACCUUACCUUCCAGUGCUUCGAGCCCAAUAACCAAAUGGUUGUUUGCGACCCCCGCAACGGCAAGUAUAUGGCUGUCGCUCUUCUUUACCGUGGUGAUGUCGUUCCCCGUGAUUGCAGCCAAGCCAUUGCCUCCGUCAAGGCCAAGGCCUCCUUCAACCUCGUUGAAUGGUGCCCUACUGGCUUCAAGCUCGGAAUCAACUACCAGAAGCCCAUGCGCGUUCCUGGUGGCGAAUUGGCCCCUGUCGACCGUUCCGUCAGCAUGUUGUCUAACACCACCGCCAUCGCCGAGGCAUGGAACCGUCUCGACCGCAAGUUCGAUCUCAUGUACUCCAAGCGUGCUUUCGUCCACUGGUACGUUGGUGAGGGUAUGGAGGAAGGUGAAUUCUCCGAGGCCCGUGAGGACUUGGCUGCCCUCGAGAAGGAUUACGAGGAGGUUGCUAGCGACGGUGUUGAGGAGGACAUUGAGGGUGAUGCUGAGUACUAA